AUCCUCACCGUGCUUCCUCCUGCAUUUUAAACUCCACGUCUUACCAUUUUAAAAAAAAAACAUAUUUCCAACAGCGGAAUUAAUAUUCCACUCGCUAGUGUGUAAAAGAUACGUCAUAGUAAUGUAAACUGUAACGUUAUUGGAAAUGCAGAGGGAACCGUAUAGCUCCUAAUAAUGUUACCCAGCUCGCAUUAACAUAGUAUAAGAGUUAUGGCUAACCUAAAUGCAGCAAACAUGUCUCCCCGCUAGGAAAACAACUGGUGGUAUUCUGUUGCGUUCAAGUUUUCAGGUGUAGUGGUGAGCCCAUGGAGAAGUCAUCAUCUUCAGGCAGAGCAGCGCUGGAGGAGAAAAAAGGCCUGGUGGGGGAUGAUGGGGUGCUGAGAGGCGCGGAGGGUGGAGAGGUAAAUCCUCAGACCCAGAGAAAGAGCAGCUCCUCUCGCUCUUCCCGGAAGAGCUUCCGCUUGGACUACCGGCUGGAGGAGGAAGUGACAAAGUCCUGUCAGGACAAACAUGGUCGCUGGACAAACCCCUGGCCCACAUGGCGGUUCCCUUCCUACACCACCCUGCUCAGAUUCCUGUUGUUGGAUAAAAAUCACAGCAAUAUACCAACUAGUAAAGAGGCUCUGGACAGUGAGCUCCCAGUGAUGGAACCGUACUUCGUCCAGAACCCAGACCUCUCUGACUCUGGUCCAGGUCUGAGAGUCACCUGGCUUGGCCACGCCACGGUUCUGGUUGAAAUGGACGGGCUGAAUAUUCUGACAGACCCAAUCUUCAGCCAGAGGGCCUCACCAUUUCAGUUUAUGGGACCCAAAAGGUACAGAGGCCCCCCCUGCAGUGUGGAACAGCUGCCCAGGAUCGAUGCUGUCGUCAUCAGUCAUUCUCAUUAUGACCAUCUGGAUGCUGGGUCUGUGGCCAGCCUUAAUGCACGCUUUGGAGGGGAGCUACGCUGGUUCGUGCCCCUGGGUUUGAUGGACUGGCUGGUGAAGAUGGACUGUGAGAAUGUGAUGGAGCUGGAUUGGUGGGAGGAGAACUGUGUCCCGGGUCAUGAUGAUGUCACAUUUGUCUGCACACCAUCUCAGCACUGGAGCAAACGCACCGCACUGGAUGAUAACAAGUCUUUAUGGGGCAGCUGGUCUAUUUUGGGUCCGGACCAUCGAUUUUUCUUCGCUGGUGAUACCGGCUACUGUACUUCCUUCCAGGAGAUUGGACGACGCUUCGGACCGUUUGACCUCGCAGCAAUCCCCAUCGGAGCUUACCUGCCCAGGAAUAUGAUGCAGGGGCAGCAUGUAGAUCCAGAAGAGGCUGUUCAGAUUCACCAAGACCUCCAGGCCAAACAGUCUGUGGCCAUUCACUGGGGAACCUUUGCCCUUGCCUAUGAGUAUUACCUGGAGCCACCCGUUCGUCUCAGAGAGGCUCUGGAACAGAAAGGACUGAAGACAGAAUCUUUCUUCACUUUGCAUCACGGGGAGUCUCGCCUUAUAACUUCACAGGAAGGAGAUGUCUUUGACUGAUCCUCUCUGUAGCGUUUCAUGGGCCAUGUGUCUGUAAAAAAGUGCAGAACAUUUGGUCAUAUUUUGAUGGACUUCAGUGAUUAAAGUUUGAAAUGCAUAUCCCAGCUGAAAAUAGGAAAUUAACACAAUACUGUUUACAUACUGAAUGUUUGCACCAUGCCAUUGUGAGCAAUACUACCUACAGAAGCUGUAACUCCACUAUAUAAAACAAUCUGAUUAAUUAGGUUUACACAAAGUGUGUAAUCCUCGUAAGAAACAUCUAAAUAAUCAGUUAACAAAGAGAAAUAGGACAUUUAAAGUACAGUACCAGUUUUACAUAAGUUGUAUUUAGAGACUUCUGCAGCUAAAUAUUGUUUCUAUGGUGAUAACUUGAUUUUUGGUAUUGAGUUUUUGUGGUCUGCACACUGCUUUAGAAAGCUUUCUGGCAAAACAAAAUGUCCCAGACCGGAGGAGUAACUUAAACAGCCACUUAAAAUAAAGUUUGUGUAUAGGAAACAAUGUGGGGUUGAACAACAAACCUUCAGUAUGAAGCAGGACUGGAGACAGUUUAAUGCAGCUUUCUGUUGACACAGCUGGACUUGGACGGUCCUGUGAGCUGUAAUUAAACACAGAAAAACCUUUAGAAAGUUAUUUAGGUAGUGAUUUUCAAAGAUUGGUGCUAGCUAAUGCCACAAUACAAAAAGGUAUUGUUUUUCUGAAUGUACUCUGGUCAACCCUAAACUACAUAAGACACAGAAGGGUAAGAAGAAAUCAGUUUCCACCCACUAUGCUAAUAGAAAGUGCUGCUGAAAAGCUGUCAGAUGCAGGCAGAAGUUGAGCUGGGUUCAGCUUCAUGCACUGCAAAUAUUGUGCAUUGUUCCUGCUUCAGACAUUUGGCUUUUGAUGCUCUGUAACCACAGCACAGACUUUUUUUCUCUUUACUUAGUGUGAUGAUUCAUAUUUUCACUUCUUAGAACUUCAGCCGACAAAUGCAUUUGCUUCAGAGAGCAACAGUAGAAUAAGUGAUUUUAUUUUUUUAUAUUUACUUUUCAUACUGAAUCUUUAAAGCCUGGAUGUAUGAACAGUUGACAGCACAAUAUUGAGUUAAUGUAGUAGACUGGUUAUACUUACAAUGCUAAACUGUGGCUUACACUUGAUCCAUGUCACUGAAUCUCCCAUUAAAUAUCACUUGCAUUUUAAA